AUGAACGCACAUGCUCUCCUCUCCGCGCAAGGGUGGCGCGGCAAAGGCCACUCGCUCCAUGCGACGGACGACUCGAUCGGGCUUGCGAAGCCACUUCUCUUGAAUCGCAAGGACAAUACGAAAGGGUUGGGCACCAAGGCACACUUCACGAGCGACACGUGGUGGAUGAACGCGUUCGACGAACAGCUCCAGGGCCUGGACACCUCAAAGAAAGGCCAGGUGACACAGACGGUGACGCAGGGUCGGCUGAACCAGAUCGAAAAGGUGUCAGGCGGCAAAUGGAUGCUGUAUGCGAGCUUCGUGCGGGGUGGGUUUCUGGAGGGGACAAUUCAAGAACACGAGAGGAGGAUAAAAGAGGAGGAUGAGGCGAGUGGUGCGUCCACACCUGAGAGCGAAGAGACCACGACGAGCUCGGAAAGUGAUGCAGGUUCUGGGGCGGGCGUAACGAAUAAUAAGGAGAAGAGGCAGAGGGGGGAGACGAAGGCAGAAAGGAGGGCGAGGAGGGUUGCGAAGAAUGCGAGGAAAGCAGCGAGGGAGGCGAGGAGACAAGCUAGAACCGCAAAGAAGGCGUCCAAGACUUCUUCGAAAGAUCGCAAAGAGUCUAAGGAAGAGAAGAGGGCGAGAAGGGAGGCCAAGAAGGCCAAGAGGGAAGCGAGGAAAGCGAGGAAAGCGAAGAAGGGGGGGUCCGGAUGA